GUUUGGAAGUUCCUUGCCUUCACAUUGCUGGAAUCAACGUCUUGCUCACCUGAGCCGCUCACCCAAUGGAGACAAAUAGAACUAGGGCCCUUGUGCUGACUAACGUCUGAGUCACAGGGCAGCCAGGAGACUUUGUUUGUGAAAGACCCGUUUUCAUCACUGUGCUUUUCCCAAACUCCGGAAUACACACUCCUCUCUGAACUGUAGUUAAAAGCCCAGGGCUCCUGGAGGUUUGCGUGACUUCUCACAAGUGGCCUUAUUCUAACUCAGAGAUCCCCAGCAUUCGGCUGACCCCGAAGUGGCAGGCAACAUGCCUACUCAAUCGCUCCUCGUGUACAUGGACGGGCCAGAAGUCAUUAGCAGCUCUCUAGGCACCCAGAUGGAGGUGGAUGAUGCUGUGUCCAUCAAAGGGCCAGCUGUAGUCCCCUUCCGAGCCGCACAGGAGAGGAGCAUGACCCCAGCUGAAGGGCACAUGCCCCUGGACUGCAUGUUCUGCAGCCAGGCCUUUUCCCAUGCAGAAGACCUCAAUCAACACGUGCUCCUGCAGCACCGGCCCACCCUCUGCGAGCCAGCCGUCCUGCGUGUGGAGGCUGAGUAUCUAAGUCCUCUUGAUAAGGGUCAGGUGCCGACAGAACCCCCGAAGGAGAAGAACUGCAAAGACAAUGAAGAACUGAGCUGUGAUGUUUGUGGGCAGACAUUCCCAGGGGCCUUCGAUGUUGAGAGCCAUAUGAAGAAACAUAAAGACUCCUUCACAUAUGGGUGCAGCAUGUGCGGGAGACGGUUUAAGGAGCCGUGGUUUCUGAAGAACCACAUGCGGACACACAAUGGCAAAUCUGGCACCAGGAGCAAGUUACAGCAGGGCCUGGAGAGUCCUGUCACCAUCAAUGAAGUGGUUCAGGCACAUGUGGCUGGGAACAUCUCCACUCCCUACAAGAUCUGCAUGGUUUGUGGCUUCCUCUUCCCGAAUAAGCAGAGCCUCAUUGAGCACAGUAAGGUUCAUGCCAAAGAAACCACCUCCAGUGCCAGUAACACAGCCCCUGAUGCCCAACAAGAGGGACCCACAUCCCCCAGAGAAGAGCUGCUGCAGUUUUUGAACUUGAGACCCAGAUCCCACUCAGAGACUACAGUGAAGCCCAUCACCUGUAUACCUCAGCUUGACCCGUUCACCACCUAUCAGGCAUGGCAACUGGCCACCAAAGGAAAAGUGGCCAUUGCCCAGGAAGAGGUGAAAGAGUCAGGCCAAGAAGGAAGCACGGACAAUGACGAUUCAUGUUCAGAAAAAGAGGAACUUGGAGAAAUUUGGAUUGGGGGUAAGUCGGAAGGUUCUGCAAAGUCCAAAACAAAUAGAAGCAGUUGUCCAGGUCUCUCACAAGACAGAGAGAAACCUAGACAUGCCAACAGUGAAGUGCCUUCUGGGGAUGGUGACCCCAAGUUGCCCAGCAGCAAGGAGAAGCCCACACACUGCUCUGAGUGCAGUAAAGCCUUCAGGACCUACCACCAGCUUGUCCUGCACUCCAGAGUGCACAAGAAGGAUAGGAGGGCUGAUGCCCCAUCGCCCACCAUGUCUGUGGAUGGAAGACAGCCUGGGACUUGCUCCCCAGACCUCGCUAGCACGCUGGAAGACAGUGGGGCCGUGGACCGAGAAGGGGGCUCUGAAGAUGGGUCUGAGGAUGGGCUCCCUGAAGGGCUCCAUUUGGAUAAAAAUGAUGAUGGAGGAAAAGCAAAGCCCCCCCCGUCCUCGAGAGAGUGUAGUUACUGUGGCAAGUUUUUCCGUUCAAACUAUUACCUCAAUAUUCAUCUCAGAACGCAUACAGGUGAGAAGCCGUACAAAUGUGAGUUCUGUGAGUAUGCCGCAGCCCAGAAGACCUCUCUGCGGUACCACCUGGAGAGACAUCACAAGGACAAGCAGCUGGUGGAUGCUGCGGCCGAGGCUAAAAGUGAGGGCCGGAGCCAGGAGACGCAGGAAGCAUUACGAACCGCUGACAGUGCGCACACCAAAAAUUUGAAACGAUUUCUUGAUGGUGCCAAAGAUGUUAAGGGCAGCCCGCCUGCCAAGCAGCUUAAGGAGACGCCUUCUGUCUUCCAGAGUGUUCUCUCACCAGCACACAAGGAUACUCAGGAUUUCCAUAAAAAUGCAGCUGACGACGGCGAGAAAGUGCGAAAGAGUCCUGCCCCUGCUUAUCUGGACGUGCCGAAAAGGAGAGCAGCUGGCGAACCUCAGGCCAGUGGCCCUGCCUGUAAACUCGAAGCGGGUGGGCCCCUGGCCUGGGAAGCUAGCCGUAGGGAGAAGAUGGAGUGGGAGGCCGAAGGCAGGUACAAGCCCGGUGCUGACUGCCAGGACAGGCCUUUGAAUCUGUCCCUUGGGGCACUCCAUUCCUCUCCUGCUAUCUCUCUGAGCAAGUGUCUCAUUCCCAGCACCGCCUGCCCCUUUUGUACCUUUAAGACCUUUUAUCCGGAAGUUCUGUUGAUGCACCAGAGACUGGAGCACAGGUACUACCCUGACACCCACAAGAACUGCAGUAGCAAGUCAGUGCUGAGGAGCCGGCGGACAGGCUGUCCUCCUGCCCUGCUGGGCAAAGAUGUGCCUCCCUUAUCUGGCCUGCACAAGCCCAAGGUCAAGCCUGCCUUCUCAUCACAGGCCAAGUCCCUGCACCCAGAAAAGGUCCGGCAGGGCACUUCGGGACCAAGCAAAGCUCCCCAGACAUCAGGGCCAGACAACAGCACUUUAGCCCCAAGUAACCUGAAGUCACACAGGCCACAGCCUACUGGGGGCCUCGGGGCCACCAGGCAGCAGCAGUCAGAGCUGUUUCCCAAAGGUGGCAUCUCUGCUGCUAUGGAUAAGGUGAAAAGACCCGAGCCGAAGCUCAAGGCCCUGCCAGCUGCCCCAUCUCAGUCCCCACUCGGCAGUAGUAAUGGCAACGGUUCCAUGGAGUAUCCCAUGAAGGUUGAUAGCCCAUGGGCUCCUCAAGGGAGAGACUACUACUGCCAUCGGAAUGCAGGCAGUGCCACAGCAGAGUUCAGUGAGCCACUUUCCAAAAGACUCAAAUCAAGUGUGGUGGCCCUGGAUACAGAACAUCCUGGGCCCAACGGGAGAAGGGGCUUUGAGCUGCGCAAGUACCCUGUGGUCAGGAACAUCACCUCGCUGUUACCAGAACCUGUGUGUCCAUCGUCUGUCCUGUCCCCCAAAGCCUGUUUCCUGAGCCCCGGGGAGGUGGAGUCGCCCAGUGUGUUGACCAUGCAGAAGCCCUACAGCGCCUCUGGACCUCUGUAUACCUGUGGGCCUGUGGGACACACAGGCACCAGCCCAGCCCUCGAAGGAAAGAGGCCUGUGUCGUAUCAGCACCUGUCCAAUAGCAUGCUUCAGAAGAGAGGCUAUGAGAACUGUAUUGGAAAUACACAUUACCGACCAAAUGACAAAAAAACUUGAUUUCCGAUUUUUUGGAAAAAAGGUCUCGCUGGAUGCAGUACAUACUUUCCACGGAAUCACAAGUUGGUCCAUCUUGUGAGAGCUACUGAACAAGCCGUGACUGUGCUGGACAGAGACUCUGGAGCAGAGAAGGAACACUACAUUCUCUAAAGUUCUGUUAACUUUUGUACCAAAUAGCAAUAAAAACUAGUGGGAGCAGUUGGGCUGUACACAAAUGGGGACUGCAAAUCUAUUUUGUCCCUAAAUAUUUUUUUACAGAAUUGACCAAAUAAGUUUUUGCAUACUUGAGCGCUGCUGAAAUGAAAU